GAGUCCACAAAUAUCAGAGAUACAUUAGGACAGAAGGUAAAUAUGCCUCGUCAAAGUUGUACAACAGAAUUAUUAAUGCCAGUCCGGUCUGUAAAUUACCACCUGAUUUGGAUAUAGCCUCCACAGUGUGGAUUGUAUUAACCACAAUGAGAUUUAUUAGUAGAUAUCGCCCCGUGUUUAGUAUAUCGGUUUGUAACCGAGCUUAUACGUGUUGGUUAUAGUUGUGUAUUUUAGGAGAACAUUAGCAUAAUGAGACGGUAUUAUGUUUCGUUUAUAAACGAGUGAUGGUUUUACUUUCUAUUUUUUCUAAACAAACUGAUUUUAUCCUGAACAACCAUAUUCUUACCAUAUAUAAACCACUUGAUUUGCAUGGAAUCAGCUAACAAUGCUUUAACAAUGGAAUAACACGUAUAAGAACAGUGCUAUUGGACGGUAUUGUUUUGUCUACAACGGAAAUAUAUCUCUAUACAAAGGAUACUUCUGGUCAAACCAUCAGUCUACGGUCUGUGACAUAUAAUUCAAGAUGACCACGUGCUCGGCAGCUCCCAAAAUUGCCUAUGGCUCGAUACAAACAUCGACUUCCACGUUUGUAAACUACACAUGUGACGCAGGUUACUCUAUGCAAGGUAACCCCUUUAUAGAAUGUUCUAACGGGGUGUGGAAUAUGACUAAUUAUCCUAUCUGCCUGGUCUCCUUGGAACCUUACUCAAACUCAGGCAUGGAUUAUCAUGCGGACUCCAACACCACUCGGGAUACAGCACCAGAAUGGUCGACCUGGUUUGUUUAUGGAGUGAUGGGGUCCGGUGGGUGCCUAGCUCUUGCCAUCGUUGUUUUCUGUCUAUUGGCAUGCUGUCAUAUAUGUGGUUGCUGUGCCGGACCUAUGGUAGCUGUUGGAGGUAGAUACCAGUACUCUGAUAGGAGAUGGUACUCAGUGUUUACCUGGUGUGACUUCAUGUUGAAGGGAAAAGUCUGCAGAAAAAUUCGAAAGGUAUGA